AUGAGGCUCCUGGUGCUUCUUCUUCUGCCUUCCUUUGUGUGCAAAGUGAGUGCUAUGAAGUGCCCUGCAGGUGAUCCAAUCCCUGUUCCUCAUGAAUGGUACCAGCCAGGUGACCUCCUCAUUGGUGGGAUUGCUUCUCAGAUCAUUAACCAUUUUCCUGAAGUUUCUUUCCAGGAACAACUUUCUCAGGAGCUGUUUGAUUUUCCAUAUGUAGUGACAAAGUUCUAUCAGCAUAUCCUGGCCUUGGUGUUUGCCAUAAAAGAAAUCAAUGAGAAUCCCAGGAUCUUACCCAAUUUCACCCUUGGAUUCCACAUCUAUGACAGUUACUAUGAUGCAAGGAUGACUUAUAGGACCACUCUGGACCUGCUCUUCAGAUCACAUAGACUUGUCCCCAACUACAAAUGUGGCACCCAGAAAAGCCUCAUGGCUGCUAUUGGGGGACUUACACCUGACAUUUCUUUCCACAUGGCAGACCUCUUAAAUCUCUACAAGAUUACACAGGUUGACCUAUAUCUCCAGAGGAUUUUGUUUAACAAUUCAGUUGGCGAAACUGUGUCCUUUAAUGAUCAGAGAGAACUGAAGGGCGGAUUUGAUAUAACGAACCUGGUCACUUUCCCAAAUAAGUCAUUCCAGAGAGUGAAAGUUGGAAGAGUGGAUCUCAAUGAACUAGAAGGGCAAGAAUUCAUUAUUAAUGAGAAUAUAAUUGUGUGGCCCAGAAGUUUUAACCAGGUGCUUCCUGUUUCUGUGUGCAAUGAACACUGCCACCUUGGUCAUCAGAAGAAAAGGAAGGAAGGGGAAACGUUUUGCUGCUAUGAUUGUACUCCAUGCCCAGAGGGGAAGAUAUCAAACCAGACAGAUAUGGAUGACUGUUUCAAAUGCCCCACAGAACAAUGCCCAAGUGUAAACAGAGAUGCUUGCAUCCCCAAACGUAUUAACUUUCUGUCUUACGAAGAACCUUUGGGAAUCACUUUAGCCUUAGUGGCUGUUUCAUUUUCUCUCAUCACAGCCUUGGUGAUAGGAACUUUUAUUAAGCACAAAGAUACACCCAUAGUCAAAGCCAACAACCGGGAUCUCACCUACACUCUCCUCAUCUCUCUCUUGCUCUGCUUCCUCUCCUCUUUACUAUUUCUUGGUCAACCUGGGAAAGUGACCUGCAUUCUCCGUCAACCAACUUUCAGCAUCAUCUUCUCAGUGGCUGUUUCUUGUAUUUUGGCCAAAACUAUCACUGUGAUUGUAGCUUUCAUGGCCACCAAACCAGGUUCCAGUAUGAGAAAAUGGGUGGGGAAAAGAUUGACUACCUCCCUUGUUCUUUCUUGCUCUCUUAUUCAAUCAAGUAUUUGCACUAUGUGGCUUGCAACCUCACCUCCGUUCCCUGAUUUGGACAUGGAUUCAGUAAAUUGUGAAAUCAUUUUGCAAUGUAAUGAAGGGUCAGUCCCCAUGUUUUACUGUGUCCUUGGCUACAUGGGCCUCUUGGCCUUUGCUAGUUUCAUUGUGGCAUUCCUGGCCCGCAAGUUACCUGAUAGUUUUAAUGAAGCCAAAUUCAUUACUUUCAGCAUGUUGGCAUUCUGUAGUGUGUGGGUCUCCUUUGUUCCAACUUACCUGAGCACAAGAGGAAAGGGUAUGGUGACUGUGGAGAUCUUCUCUAUCUUAGCUUCCACUGCUGGGUUAUUGGGAUGUAUCUUUUCCCCAAAGUGCUACAUCAUUCUGCUGAGACCUGAAUUGAACAAUAGGGGGCAAUUAAUAAGGAGAAAGAAUUAA